CCUGUGUCUUUACCACUGCUCCAUUGCUUGGAGGUGUCCAGCAACUCCCUAAUCAGCCCUCUCACUCAGCACUGGGGGGGUGUUCUCUAGGAAACUGAGAGACCCACCUCAGACACCAAUGUGACCGUGCCAGGUGCUUGCACAGUAGGUCUCAGAGAUAACAUGAUAACAUAUGGCUCUGUCCCCCAUUCCCGCCCCCAGGAGAUCUAGCCAGCCCAGGCUGAGGAAAUGAGACCCCUGGGUCAAGGGACCAGAGCUGGAGCCCCUGCCUGAGAACUCCAGCUUCUCUUCCCCAGGUGACCAUCUGUUGGAGAGAUGACUGAUGCCCAGAACAUUUCGCUAGGCAGCCCGGGGAGCGUGGGGGCUGUGGCAGUGCCUGUGGUCUUUGCCCUCAUCUUCCUGCUGGGCACAGUGGGCAACGGGCUGGUGCUGGCAGUGCUGCUGCAGCCAGGCUCAAGUGCGUGGCAGGAGCCAGGCAGCACGACCGACCUGUUCAUUCUCAACCUGGCGGUGGCUGACCUCUGCUUCAUCCUGUGCUGCGUGCCUUUCCAGGCUGCCAUCUACACGCUGGACGCCUGGUUCUUCGGGGCGCUUGUCUGUAAGGCUGUGCACCUGCUCAUCUACCUCACCAUGUACGCCAGCAGCUUCACGCUGGCCGCGGUCUCCGUGGACAGGUGUGCUGGCUGGGACCGGGCUGGGGCUGGGCUGGGGAGGGAGACCGGAGCAGAUGCCCGUGGGCCUUAG